AUGUAUAACCGCGACUCCAAGAUCAUGCGCAAGCUCCUCGGCAAGACGGCCGCCGAUGCCUCGACCGGCGACCUCGCCGCCGUCGCCGCCGCCGCCUCGACCACGCCCGUCCCCGGCGCCUCCGCUGGCCCCGGCUCCGCCUACCGCCCCUCCAAGUCGCAAAACGCCGUCUACCCGGCCGGCGUGCCCAUCUCGUGCUUCGACGUGGCCCCCGACAGACGCGCCGCCGUCCUGGCCGGCCCGCACAUCCUCAAGACGGUCGUCCUCGACGCAAAGGGCUCCGCCGCCCGCUUCGGCCUCGGCGACGGCAUCGACGUCCGCGCCGCCAUCGCCUCGCGCCAGUCGGCCGGCCUGCGUGCCAGCGUCGUCGCCGACCAGCUCAACAUCCGCGACGUCAAGUGGCACGGCCACUCGACCAUCUUCACCGCCUGCGCCAGCGGCAACAUCUUUGCCUACGACCUGGCCCGCCUCGGCGCCGGCGCCGCGGAGCCCCUCGAGUGCGUCCAGAUGCACGAGGACUCGCGCCAGGUCAACUCGCUCGACGUCAACCCCCAUCUCAAGAGCUGGCUGCUGUCGGGCAGCCAGGACGGCACCGCCCGCGUCUUCGACACCUCGACCCCCCUGCAGAGCCGCGCCGGCCUGCUCACCUUCCGCCAGCGCUUCGCCCCGCUGCGCUGCAUCGACGCCGUCCGCCAGGUCGCCUGGUCUCCCGGCGCCGGCCACGAGAUGGCCUGCUGCACCGAGGCCGGCGUCGUCCUCAAGUGGGACGUCCGCCAUCCCGCCCGCCCGCUCCUCCGCAUAAACGCCCACGAAAAGGCCUGCUCCGCCAUCGCCUGGCACCCAGACGGCAUCCACCUCAUGAGCGCCGGCUGGGACACCAAGCUGCACACCUGGGACCUCGGCAAGACGGCCGACAAGAGGCAGAAGCCAAAGUGGACCAUCUCCACCCCGGCCCCCGUCUCCGCCAUCGCCUGGCGUCCGGGCCUCUGGUCCGCCACCACCCAGACCCGCCGCGUCGCCCAGGUCGCCGUCGCCUACGACGAGACGACCAACCGCCGCUACGGCACCUCGGCCGUCCACGUCUGGGACCUGGCCCGCCCCACCAUGCCCUACAAGGAGAUUGAGCGCUUCGACAGCUCCCCGACGGCCCUCCUGUGGCAGGACCAGGACCUGCUGUGGACCGUCGGCCAGGACGGCCUCUUCAACCAGUGCGACGUCGCCUUUGCCCCCAAGGCCCUCGACCGCCAGUCCACCUCGGCCAUGGCCUUUUCUCCCCGCGGCGAGGCUCUCGUGUUCCUCGACGAGCGCCCCCAGUCCCACCGCCCACGGCCCUCGGUCACCCAUGAGCCCCAGGUCAGCCAUCGCCACACCUACGGCUCCAGCCCCGGCGCCCCCAUGCUGAGCGUCAGCCGCAGCGACUCGGAGGAGGAGGUUAUGAGCACCUUUCUCGGGCCCCGCCGUCGCGUCGUCGGCAACCGGCGGCCCGGCGGCCGCUCCGGCGCGCCCCUGAGCACGACGCCGCCGUCUGGGCCGGCCUUCCCAGAUGACCCCAAGCAGACGCUCAACCUCGAGCAGUCGGUCGCCGUGACGGGUGUCUUCAAGCCCCAGCAGGCCAUGGCCUCGGGCCGCAUCCCCGCGGCAAAGUCGGUGCACGUCUACCAGUAUCUCUCCAGCACCUACCUCGAGACGCUGGAGAGGGAGCUGCCAUACGUGCAAGGAGGCGACUCGCUCGCCGAGCGCGUCGACGACAUCAUGGAGCAGUUUGCCCGCGCCGCCGAGAACGCCAAUCAGUACCGACUCGCGCAGACGUGGAGAAUCCUGGCCUAUUCUAUGGCUCUCCUCCUGAACCGCCGCGCGCAGUACCACCUCGAGCUCAGAGUGGGACAGUUUCAAAAGAUGCACUCCGACGACGCCAAGGGUAGCGCAAGGCUCAAGGCUCCUGAGGCCGGCGGAAACAGCCACAGCAACGGCGAAGACACCCCCCGCCGGCCCUCGGUCCAACGGGGCAGCGUCGACGGCCGGAUGCCUUCCCGCUCGCUGCUGGCCGAGGAAAUCGAAAGCACGUCGAACGUGCCGACCCCCGUUGCCAGACCGGCCGACGCUGGGCUGCCAGACACGAGUGGCGGGAACGAUGACGGCGCGUACCAGUACGGCCGACGGCUCACGCCCAUUGUCGAGCCGGAGAGCCUGCACCUGGGGCCCGCCGCCCAUGGAUCAUACCAAGAAGAGGGCAUCAGCCCCCGGCACCGUCUCGACCCGGACCCCGUGUCAGGGGCGAGCAACGAGAGCAGCGACCCAUCCCAGCUGUCGAGCACCGAGGGAUACGACUUUUACGACACCGAUGUGCUGGCGAAAGCCAUCGACGUCCCCUUGCCGAAGAAGAGGAGUAUGGAGUGGGGGUCCCAGGACCAGACGCGUCGAGGACAAGACCCGAGGCAAGACUCGGGCGAGAGCUUCGGAAACAUGUUUUCAGUGUCGGACGGCACCAAACGCUCCGCGGCGAGGAGCUCGUCGAGCGGCGGCGCCUUUGCCCGGCCCAGCAUCAUGGCAAGGCAGGCAUCGGACACGGACAGGUCGAGCGCCGCGUCCAGCGUCGAGUACGACAGCCGGAUCCGCGGCGAGGCCGUGGGCGAGCAAGAAGCACCCACCGCAUCGCGGACCUACACGGCGCCCAGCAGGAACGGCGGGCACCAGGCGGCGGGCGCCAACACGCCCGAAGAAGUCUUUAUGAUUUCACAGACAACGGCCGACACGUAUCCCUCCCAGCCACUCUCAUCUGACGCCGACGCGUCCCCUGCCGACACGGAGUCACCAACCGCAGGCAACGCUGUUCCCGGCAUGGAAGUCACCCACGUCUCCAGUCCGCCGCCCGCCAAGCCAACGCCGGCGACGUCGACGUUGCCGAGACACGACCCGCGGCCUCACAUCGUCGAGAGCGACUACCUCCCCUGGGAUGACGACCCGCCGUACCCGCACCCACUGCAGCCGGACCGGGGCAAAGCGGUGCCGCCGCCGCCGCUGGACCCCAUCGCCCUGGUGACGCGGGCGCUGGCCUUUGAGACGCAGCGGUCGGCGCUCAACGCCUCGGCCAUGGUGCUCCUGCUUCGGCCGCUGGUGCCCCCAUCGGCCGUCGACGAGGCCCAGGCCAGCGCCGUCGUGCAGCAGCAGCACGCGCGCCUGACGCGCAUGGGCCUUUUUGUCGAGGCCGCGCUGCUGCGCAACCUGUGCGUCGGCGGCUGGCCCGCGGGGCUGCCCGACUGGGGCGCCGGCAGCGGCGGCGGCGGUGGUCCCUACGCGGCCAUCUUUUCACCGGCGCAGCAAGGCGUCAAGGUCGGUCUCGUGUGUCCCGACUGCCGCAAGCCACGCGAGGUGAACCCGGCGGCCGGUGCCGAGGCCGUGUGGACGUGCGAGCGCUGCCGGUGUGUCAUGGCGCCGUGUGCCGUGUGCGGCCACCGCGAGCUCGAACGACCGGCGCAGGUCCCCGACGAGAUUGUCGCCGCCGGUGCCGAUGGCGCCGACAACGGCGCCGCGUGGCUGUCCGAGUGGUGGUGCUGCCCCUGGUGCGCCCACGGCGGCCACGCCUCGUGCCUGCAGACGUGGCACGCCGCCGUCACGGCGUCACCCGACAAGGCAGCAGCAGCAGCAGCAGCUUCUUCAUCGCCCGCGGCCAAGUUCAGCGACGGCUGCUGUCCUCUCGAUGGGUGCGGCCACGCCUGCCUGCCGGGCAAGUACCGCGGCGAGACCAUGACGGCCCGCGCCGACGAGCACGCCCGCGCCGCCCUCGAGGCCGCGCGCGUCCGCGACGACCCGCUCCGCUCGCUGCCCGGGCCCGCUCCCGCUCCCGCCCCUGCGUCGGCCUCGGCGCAGACGCCGCCCCCGCCGCCUCCCACGCUUCUUCCUGCGCCUCUGUCUCUCCACCCGCCCGGCCCCGCCGCCGCUUCGUCUUCUUCGUCACACGCUCCGCUGCCCCCGUCUCCUCUCUCCCCGCUGUCCGUUCGCCACCCGCCGCCACAGCCUCAUCAUCAGCACCAGCAGCGCGCAUCCGCCGCCGCCGCCGCCCACGUACACGGCCCUGGCAGGCGCGCCAGCCCGCACGCCCGCGCGGCCAGCGUCCGCGGCGAUGCGCACGACGUGGUGCCCCAGAGCAAGGCCGUCGGCGCCGCGCGCGAGUCCCUGCUCUCUCGCGGCCCUGGCAGUGUGAGCGAGAGCGGCGGCGGCAUCCUCGGCUCAAGCCCCUCGUGCCGGCCCGCCAGCGCGCCGCUCGAUCGCGAGAGGCGCAAGAGCGUCAAGUUUGCGAGGCCCGAGGGGGGUUGA